AUGAAAAUUAUCAAAAAUAUCAUCGUAGUGAUAUUCCUCAUCAUUAUCGCAGAACUUGUGAAUUCGAAAGUGAGUAGUAGGUUUCAAGAUCUACAGUAGUCUAGAAAUUGUUCCAGAACACCCCAAUUCCCCAAGAUCCAUUCGAAGAUCAAUCAAAUUCCACAGUCUCCUGUCCAAACAUCGAUCAUCUAAAAAUCGAUGGAAAUGCCAAAUUAAAAAUGGAAUCAAAUUGUGAAUAUUGUGUUGUUUCAACAUUUCGUGAAAAUCCUGGAACAGAAUUUCUCCUAAAAGUUGAAUGUAUUGUCAGAAACUCAACAAAUUCCAAAUAUGAGCAAUUGAUUCCUGGAAAAUGUGUUGAUGAAUAUUUCAAAAAUAAAGAGGGUCAAGAAACAGAAUAUCGUGCAACAAUUUGUCGAGUUGAUACAUUUUACGCGCUGACAAAUAAUGAUAUUUGGCUCGCGUUUUUUUCGGGAUCUGAAAAUGAGUGGACAAGUGCAAUUCAGAGAAUGGUUGGUUUUUGAUUUUUGGGAAAAAACACGAAAAAAAUCAUAUUUUUUCAGAACCAAAAAGCGCAAGAACUUGAAAAUCACGAAGCGCACCACGUGGAUUAUGAAGACGCUUUUGAUGUUUCAAUAACCACGUGGAUCUUGCUUUUUACCAGUCAUUUUAUAUUUUUUGCCAUCACUUUUUUGCAAUAUUCUUUGACUAAUCGAGGAUAUAUUUAUUGA